CGUCCAUUGUUCUCGGUGCCCCUCGGGCUUGAGCCUCCGUGACUCCGGAGGGGCCGGGCCGUGCCUGGGGGCACUUUUGUGCGCGGAGAGGCCGCCCGAGCGGGAUCUGGUUUCUGGAGAGGCAGACUGCUUGUUGAAAUUUGAGGAGGGAGCUGCCUUCUCGGAGAGCCUGGCUGGAAAAGACUAAAGUUCAAGGUUAAAAGCCCCAAGACUGCGGAUGAUGGCCUCAGAGGUGCCGAGAGUAACCACUCCUCUGAGCCCCUUAGUCCAGAUGCCUCAAGAGGAGGAUGAGCAGGAGGAGGAGGUGGCCACCAUGAUCCUGGAGGACGACUCCUGGGUGCAGGAAGCUGUGCUGCAGGAGGAUGGCCCUGAGGCUGAGCCCUUUCCUGAGAGUGCUGGCAAGGGCAGCCCCCACGAGGAGGCAGCUGGGGGGCCACAGGGUGCACUUGGCCGCCUUCGAGAGCUCUGUCGGCGCUGGCUGAGGCCAGAGGUGCACACCAAGGAGCAAAUGUUGACAAUGCUGCCAAGGGAAAUUCAGGCCUGGCUGCAGGAGCAUCGGCCUGAAAACAGCGAGGAGGCAGCGGCCCUGGUGGAAGACUUGACCCAGACCCUUCGGGACAGUGAUUUUGAGAUCCAGAGUGAGAAUGGGGAGAACUCUAACCAAGACAUAUUUGAGGACGUUGAAUCACGUGAGAUGUUCUCAGAAAUGCCCGACGGGGAAGGCAUUCAGCAAUCCGAUUGGGAAAGUGACUCUGAGAGAGACUGCGGCUCCCGGGGGCCCCGGGGAAGCGCCUCCGGUGAGGACCCUGCGGAGGUGCCAUCCCAGGGCAGGGAAGUGGGACAGCUCAUAGGCCUUCAGGGCACCUACCUGGGUGAGAAGCCCUAUGAAUGUCCCCAGUGUGGGAAGACCUUCAGCCGGAAAUCCCACCUGAUCACGCACGAGCGGACGCACACGGGAGAGAAGUACUACAAAUGCGACGAAUGCGGGAAAAGCUUCAGCGACGGUUCAAACUUCAGCAGACACCAAACUACGCACACCGGGGAGAAACCGUAUAAAUGCAGGGACUGUGGGAAAAGCUUCAGCCGGAGCGCCAACCUCAUCACCCACCAGAGGAUCCACACGGGGGAGAAACCCUUUCAGUGCGCCGAGUGUGGCAAGAGCUUCAGCAGGAGCCCCAACCUCAUCGCCCACCAGCGGACGCACACGGGAGAGAAACCCUACUCCUGCCCCGAGUGCGGGAAGAGCUUCGGCAACCGGUCCAGCCUGAACACGCAUCAGGGAAUCCACACGGGAGAAAAGCCCUACGAAUGUAAAGAAUGCGGCGAGAGCUUUAGUUACAACUCCAACCUCAUCAGACACCAGAGGAUCCACACGGGAGAGAAGCCGUACAAGUGUCCGGACUGCGGGCAGCGGUUCAGUCAGAGCUCGGCCCUCAUCACCCACCGCAGGACUCACACGGGGGAGAAGCCCUACCAGUGCGGCGAGUGCGGGAAGAGCUUCAGCCGCAGCUCCAACCUGGCCACGCACCGGCGGACCCACAUGGUGGAGAAGCCCUACAAGUGCGGGGAGUGCGGGAAGAGCUUCAGCCAGAGCUCCAGCCUGAUCGCCCACCAGGGGAUGCACACCGGCGAGAAGCCCUACGAGUGCCUGACGUGCGGGGAGAGCUUCAGCUGGAGCUCCAACCUCAUCAAGCACCAGAGGAUCCACACGGGUGAGAAGCCCUACAAGUGCAGCGACUGUGGGAAGGGCUUCAGCCAGCGCUCGCAGCUGGUGGUGCACCAGAGGACCCACACGGGCGAGAAGCCCUACAAAUGCCUCAUGUGCGGCAAAAGCUUCAGCCGCGGCUCCAUCCUAGUCAUGCACCAGCGAGCCCACUUGGGAGACAAGCCGUAUAGAUGUCCUGAAUGCGGGAAAGGCUUCAGCUGGAAUUCAGUUCUCAUCAUACACCAGCGAAUCCAUACGGGGGAGAAGCCCUACAAAUGCCCCGAGUGUGGCAAAGGCUUCAGCAAUAGCUCCAAUUUUAUCACCCAUCAGAGAACUCACAUGAAGGAGAAGCUUUACUGAAGGGGCAGAGAGGGAAGGUGCGGGGGCUGGCCCAGGAGAGGGACUUCCUAUGCUGCCCCCAAAUAGGGAUGUUUAUCUUUAGAAGAACCAUUCUUCCUAAAUGCUUGUUGGGGGGGUUGCCAGAAUCUUACCCCUGCUCACCGUCGUCUCUAGGACCCCAUCAGCUUAGUGGUCAGAGUCCAGCCCCGAGAACAGAGCAUAGGAAUGGACAGUCAGAACACUGAGUCUUUUUCUGUUACAUUUCUCCACUUGAUUGGCUCCUCUCCUGAUCCUCUGUGCCUCAGUUUCCUCUCUGGUAGAACAGGGGGAAAUAGAUAUUUCUCCGUGUGAGACGGAAGAGUGUGGCCCUUGUUUCAGAGAAGUCCCGGAAGUCUGGCGGUGUGGUCCGGUUGUUCUGCUGCCUCUUGUUGGGCUGAGGGGCCUCCACCCGAGCUGCUAGCACCCCAGGCCCCCUGCAUGGCAGACCCGGCUUUUCCUACCUUUGGGUCCUGGGCUUUCAUUUUGGGCCCAGGUUGGGGGGCUUUUCCAAUCCUGAGUCAUCGCCUGAAGGUAAAGCCCUUUUCUAGUUCUAGAAAGUGUUAGGAACACCAAAACACGAGGGAGUCUGGCCUGGAACCAGUGUCCCGGCAGGACUUUUCCAUCAGUAGGGGCGGCACACGGCCUGCCAGCAAAGGCAUAAACCGAGAUGUAUGUCUUUGCUCUCAUCUCUGCUCACUGUUCCGGGCUACGUCGGCCAUGGAGGGAAUGCACUUAUUCUUGCAAGGUUUCGUUUUUUGAGUGUGAGGUGAAGUCAGAGCCCCCCAGCUGCCUCCCCCCGUCCAGGUGGAUGGUACCUCUGUCUUAUCACGGGUGAAACAGUCCUGCAUGCUGCAGGGUGGGCUUGUGUCUUUACCCACAGGUACCUGGCCCCAUAGUCAUCACUCUGUGCACUUGUCAUUUCCUUGUUCUUAGAUUUUUAUCUUAUAUGUGCAGGUCUAGAAUUCUGUCUGGUAGCUUUUGUAUAUGAAGAACAUUAUUUUUAAGGAAGUGUUGAUUUUGAGGACACAUCAUCUGUCCCCUGGAGAGAUUUGGGCUUGAAUCAAGAGUUGGCUUAGAGAUGUCAUCCUUGAUCUUGGGUCAUUGAGCCAUGAAACAGUUAAGACAGGGGAUGAUAGCAGGUGAAGGGGUUUGUUAUGAGGGAAGAGGGAGGUAAAUAAGGUUUUUCUCUCCUACCCAUGAGGCCUCCACUCAGAAUGCACCUUGGUUCUUACAGGGCAGACCCUCCACAUUGCCUAAUAAAGUAGGGUCUUGUUCUUUUCCUGAGUCUAUCUUUGCACGUUGUGUUGAAAACUCAAACUUAACUGUAAGCAAACCCACAUCUUACUUCUGUACCCCACACACCCACCUCCUUCCCCAGGCCAGAAGAGGCUUAAGACCUUUAGGGAGCAAAAAUCUCUUGCUUCAAAGAGCAUACCUUUGGGUGAACCUAGUCUUGCUUGACCAGUGCGCACACCUCUCCACCGCCCUUUGCUAAAUCUGCAUCCAAUCUGUCAGCCAAGACUUGGAGCAGCAGCUUUGACUAAGGAGCCAGAUGGCCUUCCAGGGAGGCCACUGGGAAUCAUCUCCAACCAGACUCAACUAAGUUAGACACAAGAAAGUUCUAGGCAGUGACGGUUGUUACACCAAACCACGUAGGCUGUGAAGUCCCUGUCACUUGACUCCACCCCUUCAUUUACGGAGCAAGGACUCAUGUGCCAUCACUGUGGAGAGCCUGGUGAAGAGGAAAGGCUGGUGGUUAAUUCUCUUUGGUUUUUCCAGCCAGUCACUGGUGCAGCUGAGCUCACGUGUCUGGCAUCAGUACAGGCUGUGGCUCCAGGGCCUACUCGCCUCUUCCCAGUGUCCCAACUCUGAGAAUUUCCCAUCGGCUCACAAGCCCAGGCAGCUGUGGAAGAAUGGCUUUUGGGAGGAAGAGGGUCUGGUUCUAAGGAACCCCGCCCAGGCCUCUCACAGCUCUCAGUCCUUGGUAGGCACGAUGUGUCUGCUGUUUGUUUACACUGUCGGUGUAGAGGCAGGAGGCCUGCCAGGAUGCCUCAGGCCUCGAGAUCCAGCCCCCAAGUUUUCUGGUGCAGACACCUUGAGAUGACCAGACCCUGGGUGGGAGGCGCCUGUAAACUAAAUUUCCAGGAGACCAACAGAAUCCAGAACCCCAAUUAUUAUUCAUUCACAGUGGGGCCUUCUGUCCCAAGCCACUUUCAGAGCAUCCCUUGUUCCUGGUCCCCAGUGAUUGAAAUGGUGGCUUUGUGGUCAGACAGUGUCUGGUGAGCACAGAGUAAAAUGCAGGGGUCACGUAGUGUUGAUGGUGAAAGUGAUGUGAGUUGUGUUUGGGGCUACCCUUUCCAGGCUUGAUUUUUGCUUCCAGUGAAAGUUCCAUUGGUUCAGGAGAUCCCCAAGUUAAAGGAAUAGGGCAUGGACUUGGCAUUAGUCAUUUUCAAUUUUCUUUUUUUAACAGUGGAACCACUUUUUCAAGUGAAAUCUUACAACAAUAGAAAACAUGUGAAAGCAGAACUGCUUUUGGAUGCUGAGAACCAAAGCCCUCUCCUGAGCUGGGUCUGCCCCACUUAGCCAGUCCCUGAAGCAGCUCUGAAACUUGAAAGCUAGAUGUGUGUGCAUGCAGAAAGUGCUGACCUGUUUUCUACAUUAGUUCUUUUGGAAGAAAUCUCCACAGCCCAGACUUGCAACUGGAUUUAGGACUCUUUAGAGAGCCCCUCUUAUGGUCCUGUCCUUCCCUCACCCCAACACAUGCUGCCCCUCCUGAGAGGGGAAAUCACAACUUCACCCACCUUCCAUUGAAUUUUAGACCUUUUAUCUGUUAAAUAGGGAGUGAGACUAUUAUGCAAAACUUUUCAUAACCAAACCAGAUAAAAUAUGCAAAGGUAAAGUUUCCUGUCCCCUUUCCCUAAGGGUGCAUCUUCCUUCCUCCUGGACUCUCCGAGCUGCUCUCUAGUAUUUCCUUCCAGUCAUUUACUUUGAAAGCACUUCCAUUUAGCACUUACCACGCUGCACUGGAGUGGCUGCUCCACAAUUGAUCGUUAAAUGAAUAAGCCUCAGUGAUACUCAUCUUGAAACACCCAGGACUAGGCACACAGGAAAUGAGGAAGCCUGUGUGUGUUGGGCAAGGGGGAACUUAAUUCUCAGCACCACCCUGAGACAGUUGGCAUCCAAGCUGCCUGAAUUUAUUCACCUGGAUAAAUAAGGAUUAACAGGCAUAAACACUUACUUUCAGCUGUAAGGCAAAACUCUGGAAAGGGCCUUCUCUCUCAGUGGUAUCCUGGCCACGUAGGGUGAGAGGCCGCCACUUCCCCUAAUUCCCCCAGGGUGGGAGAAGCGAGGCAGGACCAUCGCACUCCAGCUGGGUAGAUUUUAGUUGUGGCUCCGCCCGCCAAAUCCCACUUGUAGAGAAGUCCUACCAGCCGUCAGUGAUUCGUCUGAAACAAAGAGGCGCCCUAGCCAUCCCCAUACAUUAUUGGUUAAUGCUGCUGUCAGUCUGGAGGCACUGGCGGAGGCCUAUGGGAAAAGUAGUCCAGCCAAGCCCGAGUACUUCUGGGGCUCGCAUUUCCGCUUCCGGUGUUCAGUGGCUGUCCGAAUGCCCGGACUCGGCGUCUGGGCUCCGGUUGGGAGUGUCCUGUAGGGACGUUGCGUGGCCACAGAGAAGGUGCUGCAGAGUCGGGCCUCCAGUGGCCGCAGGGCCUUGGUGGGCGGGAGCGGUUCUCACCUUGGGCCUGGGUCUCCCGCGUCGGGUAGGAGUGACCAGGCAGAGACCUAGGGUCCGAUCACUUCCGGACUGGGCCCUGCGUUCCCUCAAGCGGACCCUGGGGCCGGAUGCGCCCCUUGUGCUGGAGGCACCCUCUUUGCUGCCCACCGGGCCCGGCGGGGACGAACUUGGCCCCGUAGCCGCCGAGGCGACCCCGUCCCCACGGUCCGCGUUUACCCCAUGAUGCUUCUGAGAAGGUCGCCCGCGGAGCAGAGUAGCCUUCCAGGGGGCAGGAGGUGCUGUCAGAGGAGAAGGAACCCUCAGGAUUGGUACUGGGUUCCCUAAACUUCCAUCUGAAGCAAGCACAGACAGAAUCCAUGUAUCAAUUCUCGGCAAUGGUGAAGAACUCACAGCCAGAACCAGAAGACCAAAUGAACCACAGCCCCAAAGUAGAACUCGGAUCCUUCCACAAGAGCAGUAAGCAGCAGCAGUGAGGGGAGGGCCUGAAAGCCCCUCUGAGUGCAGGGAGUGGGGUGGAGGGCAAAGCUCCUUCCCCUGGGAAGACAUGGCAUAGGAGCUGAGGCUGACCACACGAACCUGUGGGAUCCGUAACAGGCACCUCCGAAGGGAAGAAGGACCUUGGUUGGCAUGUUUUAUAAAACUGCACAGCAGAGCCUGUGGCACCUGUCCUUACAUGAGUGAGGCGUUACUGGUCCCUCUAGGUAAGAUGUGGGCACCAAUAUUAGGCCUUGUCAAGGCACAAGGUAGGGGUAACUAGAGUUCAUUCAUCCUCAAAAGAAGUAUGUGUCCCCAAUUCAGAUGACUCACAUGUAUUAUAAAAACUGAAGAACAAAAUCAUAAAACGCUGAAAGUCAGUACCUGGAUGGAUGUAGAAGGGAAAAACCUGGAACUUUCCUUUUAGAAAUGUGUCAUUUUGUUAUUUCGCCAGCCCUUCUUUGAUAGGACGAAGCAGACGCUAAAAGAAAGAGGAAGGCUCUUCUGUUUCUGAACUCAGGUGGGCUGCUCUCUGGGAGGGUCGAGAAGCUUGGUCCUCUGAUGGCUCCUUCCUCUGCCAGCAAGCCUGCCUGACCCUCUGGCUCUGGCUCUUUCUGUGGAGAACAGUGGUGACCAGAGGACCACAAGCAGCUCCCAGGGUUGCGUAGUGGGAGGAACAACAAAAACUUCAGAUUCAGACAGUCCUGAGUUCAAAUCCCAGCUCUGCCACCUACUAACUGUAACUUUGAGCAAGUGUAAAGUUUCCAGCACAGAGCCCAGCUGUCCGGAGUUGGUGACAUUUGGCGACGUGGUUGUGUAUGUCUCCCAGGAGACACGGAGGCAACCAGAACCUGGACAGAGGAACCACCUGGAAAGCUGGGGGAAAUCUGCAAAUGGGACCUCACUAGAUUUCCCAGCCCAUAGACCCGAUGUGAGCUCCCACGUGGAAGAGGAGGAAAGCCCAGAUCUCCAAAGCUCCCCAGAGAAGGAGAGUGUGAGAGACUCCGCAGUGGAUGGGGGGGAGAGUCAAGUCCAGCCAGGUGCCCAUCUUGAGAAAAGUCAAGUCCUGGGAUGAGCUGGAGUGGCAGGGCCUGGAGGAUGAGAGGGUGGCAGGGGUGCACUGGGGCUAUGAGGAAACCAGGAUUUUUCUGGGAAUUCUCAGUGAGUCUUGGAUUCAUGAAAAACUCCACACGUGCCAUCAGAACCACCAGGUGUACUGGUUGAUGGCUAAGUGGCUGCCGGAGUGGGGCUUCCUGCGGACCCUGGAGCAGUGUCGCUAGUGGUUCAAAAACCUCCAGACCAAUUACUGCAAAGCCAGGAGCACCCACACGCCAGGCACCUGCCCCUUCUAUGAUGAAAUGGAUGCCCCGAUGAGCCACUGGACCUUUGCCAACACCUUUGAUGCCUUCGAGGUGGCAGGAGGCAUGCUGCAGAAUAGAGGGGACUCCAAAGAGAACCAGCAGGUGGUGACUGGGGAUGGUCAUGAAAUGACAGAGGCGCUCAGGAGCCAUGGCCCCCAGGCUUUGAAGGGAAGUCCCAGUGGUAAGCUGUCCUCCCCACACCUCAGGACAGGGGAGACAGGAAUGUGGGAAAAGUUCCAGUAACCUCUCAAACCUCAUUACCCACCGGUGAAUUCACACUGGCGAGAGGCCCUGUAAGUGCAGGGAGUGUGGAAAAACCUUCAGUCAGAGCUCAAGUCUUGUUAUACACCAGAGAAUCCACACAGGAGAGAAACGCUAUGAAUGUGCUGAACGUGGGAGGCGAGUCAACAACUGUUCCCAUUUUAGCGCACAUCCGAGAACCCACGGAGGGCGGAAAGACUCCAGGUGUAGGAGACAUACCUGUAAAGCAAGGAGUCUGAAAACACUACAGAAUCUACCCAAAAGGGGGUUUGUAUGGCCCUUGAUUCUAUCCCAUGACACCCACAGGAGACAGACAGAGAAUUCAGAUGCUAGUCCAGCAGCUGUAUUUUGUUUCACUAAAUACACACCUGGCUUUCGAAAUACUACUCAGGGCUUUCUUGUUCAUGCUGAUAAAAUGGAAGCUAAUUUCCAGAGAAUUCAGAGACUAGUUCUGAGCUUGACUAUGUGGCUGUCUCAGCGUGUCUUCACUGUGAUUCUGUGCCUUACUUUUCACAGCUUGGUAAUAUGAGGGUGAGGUCCUCACCCUCCAUCAAGGACGGAGGAGGCUCCGCACCCCCGUGCUGGUGGCGUUACUGAUGGCUGGGUCAGCUGGAGAACCAGCAACGGCCGAGCCGUUUCCUUUCCGCACUGGGCAGCUAGACAAGGGUUUAUUAUUAAUGCCUUUGUAAAGGUCUCCCCCUGUUCUCCCUGUGGGAGGAUUGGAGCCCAGGAACUGUCUGCAUUUCCCCACCGCCCCUGCCUUAGGAUUUACAUGGGGUUACUUGAGAGGAAAGCAUUCUGUUAUAUUACUUGGAGGAGGAAAGAUCAAUGCUAGAGGCUGACUUUCUAAACCAGAACCUACUCUUCCUCUCAGUACAUUAGGUGGGGCCAUGUGUGAUUGCCAUUUUGGGUCUACAAAAUUAGCAAUUUCAUGAUUCAACCUAAGUAGAAUUUCUGUGUGGCUGAAUUACUCCAAAUUGCCGCAGGGCUACUGUGGCGCCUUAAAGCUCAUGCUGUAUCCCCAAAAUGUGAGCCUGGGUCUAGAAGAUCAUGAACCAGGAUAAUGAAGUGGGGAAAGACUUUUCUGUUUGUAAAUGUAUCCAGAGCAAUAACUGAGAACCAUAACAUUGAUUAAGAAGACUCCUAGGGGGAGGCUAUAGCUCAAGUGGUAGAAUGCCUGCUUAGCAUGCAGGAGGUCCUGGGUUCAAUUCCCAGUACCUCCUCUAAAAAUAAAUAGAACCUAACUACCUCCCCACCUCGCCAAAAUAAAAUAAAUAAUACAGUAAAUAAAUAUUUUUUUAAAAAGGA